CCAUAUUAAAAACGUCGUAUGAGGAUUAAAUGCCCGUGAACAUUCUGUCUGAUCUGUGAAUGUAAUGUGCUGAGGGUUGCAUAUACAAGAUAGGGGGAAUCUUUGAAAUUUUAGAAUGGGGGAAAAAUGUUUUUCCCUUCAAAUGCUGAUAAGUUAAAUAAAUGUGAUGGAGACAGAAUAAGCAUUUGUAUAAACAGCAUGGUUUAUCUGUUUUGUUAUGUUACAUGUUAACUUUUCUGUCUUCCAAAAUUGUAUGGAUGUGCUGGUUGUUAUGCUAGAUACUUUUUCAUUCUUUUAUAACAAGACAAAAUUUUGCCACCUGGUGAAGAAAUACCAAAGUAAUGAAUGAACUGAUGAAACAGGUUUGCUACUCUCCGUGUACAUUAUUUGUGAUAUUGAUGUUACAAAGUAUGAUAUCUUUUUGCCACGACAUGUUCUUUCUUUUUUCUUCUUCUUAUUCUUGCUCUUCUUUAAGUGCUUCGGACAGUUUAUUCUAAUCUCUGUCACUUUUUUAUUGCACAAAAGGAUUCUCAGUUUGGACAGGUUGAAUCUUGUUUAUUGAUACUAGUUUAAUUCCUGCCACAGUCAUUUCCUUUAUCAUUAGAUGAGUACAUACAGGUUUCAUAGAACCUAGAAUUUAGUAUCGAAACUCAUGAUUUACAGAAUGAUUUCAUAGAAAUGUGUGAACCCUUCCUAGAGCAUAGAAUGAAGGCAGAAUGGGCUAGGAGUGGAGUUCCCCCUCAUACCUAGCCACUUUGAGUCAUGAUUUAGUUCUUUUUCUGUGAGGUAUUGUUCUCUAAUCUCUUCAAUACAUUUAUGACAAGUUAACCGAGAAGUUAACAGAUUUUAAUUUUAUUAAGAUUCACUUUUUUACAUGAAAUUUGUAUCGUAAUUCUCAUUAAACUAGGUUAGAAUUCAGGUUGUCACUGUCGAGAGUAUGAAGGCAGUUGUCUUCUGGGAAUUUGCAGUACAAAAUCUGGUAGAAAUUUACUGACGUUUUGGAGGCGUUUACUGUCUCCAGCAUCUGGGCAAUCAUUGUCGUGAUAAUGAGGCAGUAAACACCUCUGAAAAAUCAGUUAAUUUUCGACCAGACUACGUGGCACAUCUGAGAAGGAACCAUCUUCAUUGUGACUUCUCACAAAGCAAACUUUUGUUAGUUUAACACAGAUGAUUUUAUUUUUAGUUGACACGUGGAAGAAUGUUUUGUAAUUAAAUAUAACCCAUAGAAAAUUAUUUUUUUAUUGAUGAGAAACUUGGAUGUGUUUCAACAGAUAGCACUUUUUGGAUGUAUGAUGACUAUGCAUGAUACAGAUUGCCAGCUGUGUCAUUUGUUCAGAUGCAGAGACUUAAUUGUCACAUCUCAGAAAACAUUUAGUAAUGUGGUUGACUUUUGUGUAACCUUGAUUCUUUAUUGUACAUAAAACUUUGUAGUAAUGCUGCAAGUAGUUCUUAUGUUGUUGUUUGUCAAAAUGUCAAAACUGGCUGUUGAAUUUCUGUAUUCGAGGCCAGGGGUGGCUAGGCCGUCUUGUUCACCCUUAGUGAUUGAAAUUAACUUUCAAAGGGUAAGAGUGGAACUUCAUUUUUUAUGUAACUGCUAAUCUGCACACUUCAGCAUGCUCACAGAGAGGCACAAGGGUCGAGAGGAGCAUAAUAUGAAAUUGAAACGUUCUCACGAAGUGGGGAAUGUACUAUUUCUGUUUAAUGGUGCUUUGAAAUUCCACUUUUAUUGCAGGAUGUGAUGUCAGUCACGUUCAAAAUAAGCUGAAAUGCAAUGUUACAUGACUUGUACCAGCAUUUCAAAUGCAAUGCAGGUCUCAGGAUCAGAUCCCUUAGAUCUAAAUAUUUUGUAGCAAUUCUGUAUACUUUUUAAAAAAUUUUGUAAUCUUCUUUCAUACUGAGACAUUAACAAAGCGUGUUCAAAAGAGUAAGAGGUCCAAUUGUUAGCUCAGUACAUUUGAAAAGAAAAUGUUUGUGAGAGAAAAUGAGUGCCAAUUUUAUGGAUUUAUUUUUCCAUCAUUUGACUCAAGUGGUUUAUUUGUUGUACUACAAUUUGAUGUACAUGUUACCAUAAUUUUAUGUUCAAACUGAAUUGAUGCAAAUGCUCCCUCUUAUUUGUAAUAUUACAUACAUGUAGUUCCAAAAUUGGCAAGAAAUGUGAAGAUAGUCGGGUUUAUUUUUGGAUAGUAUACUGGUAAUAUUGAGAAGUUUUCUAUAUUGAUAUUGUACUAUAAACCAUUUGGUGUGAUGCUAUAGUGAAUGUAGCCAUGCAUAUUUAUGUAUGAUGGAUGUGCAGGUCCUUGUUUUGAUACCAGUCACAGAAAUUAUGCUUAUCCAGUUCAAGGUGCCAUAAAUAAAUCAGUGUAUAAAACUUUCUUUUUAUUAAUCACUUUGGUGUUAAGUUGAGAAAUUUAUCUAGUCAGAAGAAUAAUUUAUAGUUUUCAGAAUAAUUGCAUAGUGGAUAUGACAAAACUAUCGUACGGGUAUAACUACAUCUUCAUCUGGCAAGACGUUAUCUUUUCACUGUAGGUGAAACUAGCUAACUGUACACAAAUGGGAUGACAUCCUGCCAUCAGAAUACAAAGACAAAUUAAAAGUUACAUGACAUUAUACUUUCAAGUUAUUUGUAGGUAAAGUAUUGCUUAUUCUGAUGGAAUUGUUCAGUGAUGGACACAGGAUUUUCACAUGAUACGUUGUCAUAAGGAAGUUUCUCUGAAUGUAAAAAUCGUAAGUGUAAUAGAGUUUUAAGAAGAAACUGCGCCAGUUAAUUUAGAUUCAAGAACAUAAUUUUGUAUCCUCUUUGUCUUAAGAAAAUUAUGCUAAGUUUUGGUGUGAAAUCAAUACAGAUUAAAUGGUCCAGAUAUUAUAAAACUGUAAAAUAACAUUUAGGUAACCUUAUUAUUUUGGCUAAAUUAUGCACAUUGCUGUGAAAAAUAUAUGACGAACAAACAGAAUCAAUACAGAGCACAUGCUUUAGCAUCAGUAUGUCCUGGUACAACACGCAGUUUACCCUCAAACUGAACCAUGCCCAGCCUGUAACAUGGUGCUAAAAUAGCGGACUACUGUUUCAUAAAAACUGCCCAACUGUAUUACUGUUGAAGAAAUUUUGCAAUUUUUAUUUGUGAUGUCGUCAUGGAUUUGUUGUAAUAUUGCAUAACCAAGCUCUGCUGUCACUCCUUUCCAGUUAUAUUAUAAUAGCAGGAAGCAAUCUGUUAGUAUUAGAAACGUAAUGCGGUCAUAGGUAGUGUCCGUGCUAUUAGGUGGCAUGUUUCCUUUUUUUAUAUAAUGCAUAGUUCUUAAUUUUCCACUUUUUUUUUCCCUCCCCCCACACACAUCAGAAAAGCUGGUGAUGGCAUUUUAUCCCAUUGGAUUGAGACAUUGUUUACACAACUGUAAAACUAAUUUUUAUGUGCCAAUAUAUACAAAGACUUUUGUUGACUGCUCAAACAGUGUAUCUGCAAGCAAUAAUAAUUGGAAUCUCUUGCCAGCCACGACUGGUAUCAUUAUAAAGGCCUUGUUUAGUUUUGUUAAUUUCACAUCUUAUGUGAUAUGUUUAAAAAAAUGUGACAUCCCUGUAACAAAUCAUUAUAUGUUUAAAAAUGUUCUUGUACAAUAUAUUUUGUGUCAAGUUGCACUGUCUCGAUAAAGAUUUCAUCACGAGUGUUUGGUGAAUCGGCAGCAUUUGUGUUAUGGGUAUGAGAAAGCACAAUAACAAUGCAGUCUCAUGCGUAUUUCUAUUUUAAAAUUAGUGAAUUAAGAACUUUUAUAUAUAAGAUGAUUUUCUUUGCAUUUUAUUGUCAGUGACACAUUUCCUCAAACAUUUGUUUGUAGGUGAAUUGAGGUUAAGUGAUGGCAAGCUUUUUGAACGUUAUGUACAUGUUGAUUCACAUUUGUGUGUGAGACAAACUCAAAGAGCAGUAAACUGAAUUAUAUUGCUCUGAGGAUUCAAAUUACCAAAGAGUGUAGUGGUAUAUUUGGCUGAAGUGAGAUGCAUGCAUCCAGUAGGGUAUUGCAUCUUUACAGGUCAGUUUAUGUUUAUAAUAUUGGUAGCCUUGAAAUUGUGAAACAAAACACAGUUAUUUUUAUUUUUAUUUUGGAGGUCCCAUUGUAGUUCUGAAAGACUGCAACAUGACAGAGAAGGCUAUAAUGGUCUUUGGGCAUCUUGAUAUCUGGUCAGUUAACAAUAGUAAAUGAUACUCUCUGCUUUUAAACCCAUUACUUCUGUGAGCUAUAAAUUCAGAAGUAAGGAUAUUCAUUAUGGACAUCAUGACAGCAAUGCUAAGCAUCCUGUUGGUGCUUAUUCUGUUUCUUGUGAUGCGGCGUGAUCCUGAGAAAUCACGAAUAAAGAAGAUGCUGAGCAAAAUUCCUGGACCACCCACCUACCCAAUUCUUGGAAAUGCCUGGGAACUUAUUAAUUUACCCUCACACCGUUAUAUGGACGUUUUAUCGAAAUACAGCAAUGACUACGGGCCCAUAUUUUGUACCUGGAUCGGGACCAAAGGGAUCGUCAGUCUCAACACUGCUGAGACAGCUGAGGUUAUCCUGAGCAGCAAUGAACAUAUCGAUAAGAAUGAGAUGUAUUCAGAAUUGUCACCAUGGCUUGGAGACUGUCUGUUCUUGAAACAAGGACAGAAGUGGCGUGCAACUCGUAAAUUGUUUUCAUCAAUAUUCAGUUCCACCAUUCUAGACAAUUAUUUACAAGUCUUCACAAAAAAUACAGAAAUCCUUACACAGAAAUUCAUGGCCAAAAUUGAUGGAGGCGAAUUUGAUGUUUGUCCUUAUUUAGCACGUUUCACAUUGGAUGUUGUAUGUGGUGAGUUUAUUACUUUGUAUCCAAGGCACAAAUAAUUUUAAGCCAUUUUUUUGACAUGGCAGUCAAGUCAUGAAUCACCGAGUUACUUUGGUAGAAUUUGAUAAGCUGUGCCAUGAAAUUUCAAGUAUUGGCAUGGAAAAUGUUUUGUAACUCAUCACGGAAAGUCCCAACUCACUUUCUUGAAGGAAAGAUUCAGGCAUAUUUCUUGUCUUAGCAGUAAAAAUGAAUAUGUGAUUAUUUAGAAGAAUUAUUUAUUCAUCAUAAAUAAUGGUACAGUUUGGGAGGUCUGGGGAUAUCCCCCCCCCCCC